AUGAGCUCCUCUACAGACCUGGAGUUCGUUAACGCAACCGAAACAACGUCCAUGCUGAGGUUCACCUGGGUGCCUCCUGAUGCGGUCGUGACCGGAUACCGCGUCAUGUACGGACAGGGGGAGGCCAAGGAACAGCUCAGCCCCUCCCCGGGUCCAGCAGACCGAUCUGCUGUGAUUGAGGGACUUCAGCCAGACACCAUGUACACGGUGGAGAUCAUCACCAUCGGGGUUCGCCGAGAAAGUCUGCCUCUGGUUGGACAAAAUGCGACUGAGCCGGACGAGUGCGCGGCAGUGAACGGGCGGUGCGACCAGCUCUGCUCCAACGUCCCUGGGGGGUACAGAUGCGGCUGCCGCCAGGGUUUCGUACUGAUGACAGACGCACACGGGUGUGGAGUGUGCGGCCGAUGCCAGGGCGGAGACGUGAACUGUGACCCGAUGUCAGGUGUCUGCUCGGCUGGGUGUCAGGACGGGUGGAAAAGUCAGCUUUGCGAUAAAGCUGUGGAUCCGCCCAUGAACCUGGACGUGACUGACGUCACGGAUGAAGGGUUCAAGGUCACGUGGUCUCCAUCCGUUGACCCUGACCUUCAGGGGUACCGUGUGGUGGUGUCUGGGCUGGACAUGAUGACAGCUGUCAAUCAGAGCACAGCCGAGUCAGCGUUUCCGGUGGUUGGCCUGUCACCGGAGACUGGUUACGUCAUCAGGGUGACAGCCCUGUUCUCGUCAGACGGUUGGAGGGCCCAGAGUGAGGCGGCAAUGGUACUGGCCGUCACAGCCGCUACACCAACCACUACACCUGCAUCUUCCGUUACAACGACUACAACGUCCUCUGCUACAACCCAGAGGACACAUCGGACCACCGCCCUCCUUUCCACCCAACCAGCGACUUCAACCGUGAGGGAAGCUGUGAGGGAGGGCAAAUCGUCCGACGCCUCCACAACAACAACAAGAGGAACAGGAACAUUCCUGUCCACCAGUCCAUCAACUCUCGGUGAACUUGGAUUUGGAGGGGAGGGCGAGACCACAACGCAGCAACCUGGGUUCCAUUCACAAGAAACAAUGGAGCCCAGCAGCGGGCCGCCGGUGCGCACCACGGCAGCGUCGGCAGACCAGCCUGAAGACGUCACUGGAGACGCUGUCGUGUUGCAACAGCCAACAUCAGCUGCGGAGGAAAAGGCACAGAUGUGCAGGAAGGCAAUCCAAACAUUGGCGUCUGAAACUGGUCGGACCCAGACGCCACAGCAGGUGCAAAUGAUCUCUGAGUUAGCAUCACUUGUCAUUAAGUCCUGCCCCGGCAUUCCACAGGAGGAUAAGGACCUGGCAGUGGGCGUUCUGAUGUCCAUCGCCAGCAACCUGGACAAACUGGACAUGUCUGACCCGGCCACUGUCCAGUCUGUGGGAGGAUCUCUGGUGGAGUCCGUUGGUUCUCUGCUAGAGGAACCAGAGAGAGAUGCAGGAGCGGUCGAUGCGAAUCUCGAGGAAGACCAAAGUCUGUCUCCAAAGGAGCGCCUUGAAAAGGCUGACGAAAAGGAACAGGAAAACUUAGCUAAGAGACGAAGCAUUGUCCAGGAAAGUCGCCGGGUCCUGGAUGGUCUGUUGGACGCCAUCCUCGGCGCCAUGAGGCCGGGCGGCCCGCCGGUCACCAUCGAGAGGGGCGGUGUGGCUCUCCGUGCGCAGAGGGUCUGGGGUGGCCAGUUCGGCGGCCAGGUCAUGCAGACGGAGAGUGGGAGCUUCCGUGUUCCGUCUAAAUCAGCGCUGUUUGGGGACUAUACACCGCACAACGUCGCUAUAAGGGUACGUGUCUUUCCUUCCAUGUUCCGUCUAAAGUAGCGCUGUUCGGGGACUAUACACCGCACAACGUCGCUAUAAGGGUACGUGUCUUUCCUUCCGUGUUCCGUCUAAAUCAGCGCUGUUCGGCGACUAUACACCGCACAACGUCGCUAUAAGGGUACGAGU